UCACUUUUUUUUUUACAGGAUCUAGCGACACUUUUUCUUGUGGUUCGCAAACAAAUAAUUUAGGAAAUAAACUAUAAUUUGCGUUAUUUAUCGUGUAAAUCCCUCAAUUACGACUUUAUUAUUGAGGUUUUGUAGUAAGAUUGCAGCUUAGCAGUCGUCAAACUGGAUUGAGACAAUGAUGGACUCGGACUCGUCCGGUGCGGACUUCUGCCGGUUCUGCCGGUCAGAGGCGUCGUCAGACCGGCCGCUAUUCCACCCUUGCAUCUGCACGGGUUCUAUCAAGUGGAUUCACCAAGAGUGCCUGGUGCAAUGGAUGCGGUAUUCCAGGAAGGAGAUUUGCGAGCUUUGCGGCCAUCGGUUCUCGUUUAUGCCGAUCUACUCGCCCGAUAUGCCUCGCAGGCUGCCUAUCCGCGACGUAGUGGGCGGCCUGGUGACUUCCGUUGCGUCCGCCGUGAAAGACUGGCUGCAUUACACUUUGGUGGCGCUCGCUUGGCUCGGGAUCGUGCCGCUAACGGCGUGCCGGACGUAUAGAUGCCUAUUCUCAGGAUCAUUAGACCCAGUCAUAUCCCUACCAUUCGACAUCGUAUCUGCUGAGAACCUGGCGAAAGAUGUCUUUUCUGGGUGUUUUGUGGUGACGUGUACCCUGUUUUCGUUCAUUGGACUGAUUUGGUUGAGAGAGCAAAUAAUGCACGGUGGCGGUCCUGAUUGGAUGGAGAGAGAAAUUAUGCCAGCGCCAGCAGCAGAAGAUAUUCCUUUGCCUGACAAUAACAAUGACCUUGUGAAUGAUGCGCCAGCGGAUGAUGCGGCUAGAGAAGAAGCUAAUGGAGAGGGUGGUGAGGACCCGCUGGUGGGGGACGAAGCCAACUGGAACCCUAUGGAGUGGGACCGUGCUGCCGCUGAGGAACUGACCUGGGCUCGCCUGCUGGGGCUGGACGGAUCAAUGGUCUUCCUAGAACAUGUGUUUUGGGUUGUGUCAUUGAACACCUUUUUUAUUGUUGUGUUUGCAUUCUGCCCCUAUCAUAUUGGCCGGUUGGGGGCAGCGAUGGCUGGAUUCACUGCUGAGGGUCCCUUUGCUGGACCCCUCACUGCCCUGGCUGGAUAUGUCUUAGUGGGAGCAAUCCUGGCAGUUCUACAUGGCAUAGCAUCGCUACUGCGUCUAAGAAGUGCCAAAAAAGCAUUAGGAUUCUGCUAUGUGGUGGUGAAAGUUGCCCUACUGUCUGUGGUUGAGAUCGGUGUGAUCCCACUGGUAUGCGGCUGGUGGCUGGACCUAUGCUCUUUAUCGAUGUUCGACGCGACCCUCAAAGACCGCGAGGCAAGUCUCCAAGCUGCCCCCUGGACGCUCAUGUUCAUACACUGGCUAGUCGGCAUGGUCUAUGUGUAUUACUUUGCCUCCUUCAUACUCCUCUUGAGAGAGGUGCUGAGACCAGGCGUGCUGUGGUUCUUGAAGAACCUGAAUGACCCUGAUUUUAGUCCUGUGCAGGAAAUGAUCCACCUGUCAGUAUGGUCUCACAUUCGCCGACUGGUGGUCUCUGCCAUGAUAUUCGGGACUGCUGUGCUGUUCAUGUUGUGGCUGCCGAUAAGAGUGAUCAAGUACGUGCUGCCCGGAUUCCUGCCGUAUGCUGUGGCUGUCCACACUGAGGCUCCGGUCAAUGAACUUAGCUUGGAGUUGCUGCUGCUUCAGGUGAUCCUGCCAGCGCUGCUGGAACAAUCCCACACCAGAACCUGGCUGAAGGCAGGUCUGCGGGCGUGGUGCCUGUGCGCCGCCGGCGUGCUAGGGCUCCGCUCGUACUUGCUGGGCGAGACGGCGCGCCAGGCGGAGCCGCACCCGCCGCCGCACCCGCCGCACCAGCUCGGCGCCGCGCACCAGGCGCUGAUGCGACGCGACGGGCCAGCCGGCUACGAGCCAUACGUCCGCGUGUCUUGGUUCCCGGUGCGACUCGCUGCUCUAUUGGUCCUCGUUUCAAUCUCCUUGGUGCUUGCUAGCGCUCUCACUUUGGUUAUCCCUGUGGCGAUCGGAAGAAAAGUAAUGGCUCUAUGGCUGCCUAAGGCUUCAGAAGGUGUUCACGAACUAUACACUGCGGCUUGUGGGAUGUACGUUUGCUGGGCUUUGGGGCGAGGCGGUACGUUAGCGGCGGGCUGGGCCCGCGGCGGCCGCACCGCACUAGUGUCCCGCUGCAUACUGUGGGCGCGCGUCGCGCUGCGGGCCGCGCUGGCCGCCGCAGCGCUGCUGGGACUAGUGCCGCUUAUGUUCGGGCUGCUGCUGGAGCUGGUGCUGGUGAUCCCUCUCCGCGUGCCACUUGAACAGUCGCCAGUACUAUUCGUGUGGCAGGACUGGGCACUCGGCGUGCUUUACACCAAAAUCGUGUGCGCACUCACAAUGAUGGGCCCCGACUGGGCCAUGCGCCGCGCCAUCGAGAAGGCCUACCGUGACGGCAUCCGCGAGAUGGACCUCAAAUUCAUCCUGACCGAAGUGGCCGCGCCCAUAGUGUGCUGGCUGGGGCUAGCUCUUGCAGUGCCGUAUGCGUUCGCGCACAGCGUGGCGCCGCUGGUGGUGACGUCAGCGGCGCAGCGCAAUCUGCUGGCGCGCCGCGUGUAUCCCGCGCUGCUGCUGUGCUGCGUGCUGUGCGCGCUCACAGUGUUCCAGAUCCGCCAAUUCCGCAAGUUAUAUGAGCACAUCAAGAAUGACAAGUACCUGGUAGGCCAGAGGCUCGUGAACUACGACCACCGGCGUCACAAGCAACAAGCCCAGCUUGCCGCCUGAGCGCCGCGAUACCGCGUCACCAUCGCGUUCGACCGCAAUCAGUUCGACCGUAAGCACUUCGACCGAAAACAGAACAUCAGCAGUGUACGCGCAGUGGUCUAUACAACUAGCGUUGCCAGAUUAGCAUUUCAAAAGUCAGUACAUAAAAAAACGGGUUUUGACUUAAAAAAUCGGGACUUCUAAAAUUACACAUUGUAUUUUUGUGAUUAAAAUAAAAUAAAAAACAGUCAGAUCAAUGAA